UCAUAGUAAAAUACCUAUAUAGUGAUUAGUGAUGCAUAUAGAAAAACAUACCGGCGUUUUACUCAUUCAAUUUGCGGCGUAUAUAUCUUCUGCAAACUAGAUCGGCCUAAUAUACAUUAUACAGAACUCCAAAAUUAUAACAAUAUGAGUGACGGUAUAGCAGAGGUUUUCAAUUCAUUUCAAGAUCAUUUAAACAAUGAGCAAGAAUUACGCGAGGAAAUUCGCAACAAUGUGAAAGAAAUUGAAAAAAUUUCAAGGGACAUUGUAAUGACUUUACAAAAUAUUCAUAAUGAGCAUACUGAAGAAAAUAUAAUUGUUGCACAGUAUUGUUCCAAGUCUCGAGAACUCUUUGAAGGUGUGCGAAAACAUUAUGAAAAGUUAGCAGCUAUUGUACCUCAUGACCAAUAUUAUCGUUAUCAUGAUCAAUGGAAAUCAGUCACGCAAAGAUUAUGUUUUUUGGCUUCUUUAGUAGUGUAUCUGGAAGUCAAGGUUCUUGUUACCAAAGAAACAGUAGCAGAAAUAUUAGGACUUAAACAUAAAAGAGAAGAUGGUUUUCAUCUGGAUCUAGAAGAUUUUCUAAUGGGAUUAUUGCAACUUUCUUCUGAAUUGAGUCGUUUCGCUGUAAAUAGUGUAACUAACGGCGAUUAUCAUCGACCAAUGGAAAUUGCGCAUUUUGUUAAUGAACUAAAUGCUGGGUUUAGGUUACUAAAUUUGAAAAAUGAUUCCCUCAGAAAACGUUUUGAUGCGCUAAAGUAUGAUGUGAAGAAGAUUGAAGAGGUGGUAUAUGACCUUAGCAUAAGAGGUCUCAAACCAGAUGCUGCUGCAGCUGGAGCUCAGGAACCAUCAGGAGUAGAAAAAUCAACAUCGGUAGAAGAGGAUAAGUAAACAUAUACUUAUUGUUUAAAAAAUGUAAAGCAUUUAUCAUUUAAAUUUGACAAAAAGGGUUCAUUAUUAUUUUUUUACAAAACUUGAGAAAGUUUUAUAACACAAACAUGUAUCUAUUCUUAGAAGCAUUUAAUAUUGCUAAAAACUAUUUCAUAAUAAAUAAAUUUGAAAAAUUUUAAAGUUGUACUAAAAA